AUGGAGGGCCUGGGCAUCGUACUGCACGGCUUUUGCACAUGGUUUGGCGCAGUGAAGCAGGAGUCUACGAGAACAACGUACACCAUGAACUAGAGAGCUGCGAAAAUCCACAAGAUCAGGCAGGAACUGAAGGUCCUCAAGAAACAAAGAAACAGCAACAAGGAGCCAGUGGCGAGCAUCUUGAGAAAGAUGCGUAGGGCUGAAUGGCAUAGAAGAUGGCAGAAAGAAUGAGCCAGGAAGCGAACUGCCUUUAUAGCCAAUCCCUUUGGUUUCACAAAGCUGCUACUAGGAUAGAAGCUCAGUGCGAACCUGGCUUCCAAAGAUGAGAUUGACCAGCACAUCCAGAGCACAUACAGUGACUCCGACAAGGAGCAGGAGUUGGGUCAGUGUAACAUCUUGAUACACUCACCAGCACCGGUCACAGAGUUUGACAACAGGGAGCUGAGCUACCUGAAAGAAGUACAGGAAGUUGUGAAGAGGGCAAGGUCUAGCUCAGCUCGUGGACCAAGUGGAGUCCAGUACAAGGUCUAUUAGCACUGCCCUCUGUUACUCAAGCGGCUCUGGAAGAUCAUUAAGGUCAGCUGGAGGAGAGGCAAGGUUGUACAGCAGUAGGGAUUGGCCGAAGGUUGGAUCUCAAAGGAAGAGGAUUCUGAGAGAAUCAACCAAUUAAGGAUCAUCUCAUUGCUAAGUGUCGAAGGGAAGAUUUUCUUCAGCAUUGUAGCCAGGCGGCUGGCAGACUUCCUCUCUAAGAACGGCUACAUCGGUACAUCGGUCCAAAAUGGACCUAGGUGUUUGGAGCACACAGGUGUGGUGACCCAGCUCAUCAAAGAAGCGCAAUAGGACAAGGAUGACUUGGCAGUGCUCUGGCUUGUCCUUGCCAAUGACAACAGAUUGAUGCCUCUUAAGCUGGUGCAGACUACAAUGAAAAAACACCAUGUCCCGACAGUGGCAGACCUCAUCCUGGACUCCUAUAACAGGUACAGCAUGAGAGUCUCAGCAGGGUCAGUAACAUCGUGGUACAGACUGGAGGUGGGAAUCAUCACAGGCUGCACCAUCUCCGUGAUCCUGUUUGCCCUGGCGAUGAACAUGAUUGUGAAGUCUCCUGCAGCUGGGGUGCAACAAACAACAAUCAGAACCGUUAUGGACGACCUGGCAGACACCACACAGUCAUUGCCAGGAAGCAGGUGGAUUCUGUAAGGGUUGGAGAAGUUGAUUGGAUAGGUGAGAAUGAGCUACAAGCCAACAAAAUUGAGGUUGAUGUCGUUGAAGAAGGUCAAGGUCGUAGACAGAUUCCGCUUCGUCAUCGCAGGAACACCAAUCCCCACAGUCUCGAAAAAGCCAGUGAAGAGCCUUGGCAAGGUGUUUAACAGCAGACUGAACACAACAUCAAUCCAGUCCACCUGUCAGGAGCUGGAGACCUGGCUGAGAGCAGUUGACCGGUCAGGACUGCCCGAGUUCAAGGUGUGGAUGUAUCAGCAUGGCAUCCUCCUGAGAAUACUCUGGCCUCCGCUCAUCUACAAAGUCACCAUCUCCGCAGUCAAGAACUUGGAGAGGAAGGUCAGCAGCCAUCUCCAAAGGUGGUUGGGGUUUUCAAGAAGCUUUAGCGGCAUAGCCUUCUAUGGGAACAGCAACAAGCUGAGGCUGCCCUUGAAGUCCCUGGAAGAGGAGCUCAAGGUCACUCGGGCGAGGGAAGUGAAACACUGCCAAGGGGAAGGAGAGACACAGGCUGGUUCAGGAGGAGAUGAGAUCAGCUGUGAAAGAGGUCCAGCAGAGCAGUGGGAAUAA